AUGACGAUCCGACACCAAGGCCAGCAGUACAGGCCGAGGAUGGCAUUUCUCCAAAAGAUUGAAGCACUUGUAAAGGACAUGCAGAACCCAGAGACUGGAGUCAGAAUGCAGAACCAGAGAGUCUUGGUCACCAGUGUCCCUCAUGCCAUGACAGGAGGUGAUGUUCUGCAAUGGAUCAUCCAGCGCCUUUGGAUCUCUAACCUGGAGGCACAGAACCUGGGCAACUUUAUUGUCAAGUAUGGCUACAUCUAUCCUCUGCAAGACCCCAAGAAUCUCAUCCUCAAGCCUGACAGCAGUCUCUACCGAUUUCAGACGCCAUAUUUCUGGCCCACUCAACAGUGGCCAGCUGAAGACACAGACUACGCCAUCUAUCUAGCUAAGCGAAAUAUCAAGAAGAAGGGGAUUUUAGAAGAAUAUGAAAAGGAAAAUUAUGAUUUCUUGAACAAGAAGAUUAAUUACAAGUGGGAUUUUGUCAUCAUGCAGGCCAAAGAGCAGUAUCGGACUGGAAAGGAGAGGAACAAAGCUGACAGGUAUGCGCUGGAUUGCCAGGAAAAGGCGUAUUGGCUGGUGCAUCGAAGCCCGCCUGGAAUGAACAACGUGUUAGACUACGGCCUGGACCGCGUGACCAAUCCAAACGAAGUUAAGGUAAACCAGCUCUCUUUCUCUUCUGUGUGCGCACACUGGCCAUUGUGGAGCACUCCCAAGCACACUGGAGCCGUCAUCGAGUUGGUGUUUGUCAAGGAUCUGCCCUGUGUUAGGCCAGUGCCGAGUACAGCCCCUCUCCCAAGGAGUGCUGCAUUUACCAGUCAUCAUUCUUGCAGGGUGGAGAUCCCAACCAAGAUGCGAGUGGAGCGAUGGGCCUUCAACUUCAGCGAACUGAUUCGAGACCCCAAAGGUCGGCAGAGCUUCCAGUACUUUCUCAAGAAGGAAUUCAGUGGGGAGAACCUAGGAUUCUGGGAAGCCUGUGAGGAUCUGAAGUAUGGCGAUCAGUCCAAGGUCAAGGAGAAAGCAGAGGAGAUCUACAAGCUGUUUCUGGCCCCGGGUGCGAGGCGGUGGAUCAACAUAGACGGCAAAACCAUGGACAUCACUGUGAAGGGGCUGAGACACCCCCACCGCUACGUGCUGGAUGCGGCGCAGACCCAUAUUUACAUGCUCAUGAAGAAGGAUUCUUACGCACGCUAUUUGAAAUCUCCGAUCUAUAAAGAAAUGCUGGCCAAAGCUAUCGAGCCCCAGGAAACCACCAAGAGAAGCUCCACCCUCCCGUUUAUGAGGCGUCACCUACGCUCCAGCCCGAGCCCUGUCAUUCUGCGGCAGCUGGAAGAAGAAGAGAAAGCUCGAGAAGCAGCCAACACCGUGGACAUCACCCAGCCAGGUCAGCACUUGGCUCCCAGCCCUCACCUGGCCGUGUAUACAGGGACCUGCGUGCCUCCCUCUCCCUCCACCCCCUUCUCACCAUCCUGCCGCUCCCCCAGGAAGCCCUUCGCGUCCCCGAGUCGCUUCAUCCGGCGGCCCAGCAUCGCCGUCUGCCCCUCGCCCAUCCGAGUGGCCUUGGAGGGUUCUUCAGGGCUGGAGCCCAAGGGGGAAGCCAGCUGGUCUGGUGCCAACUCUGGGCUCCCAGUCACCGAGAGCAGUGAGACCUCUGUAGACCACUCGAGACCACACGGCCAGCCCAGGGCCCCUCCCAAGGCCCGUGCAGCUCUGUCCUUUGGCAGGUUUCUGAGACGGGGCUGUUUGGCAUCACCAGUUUUUGCCAGGCUCUCACCCAAGUGCCCCUCUGUGUCACACGGGAAGGUGCAGCCUCUGGGGGACAUGAGCCAACAGCUGCCCAGGCUGAAACCCAAGAAAGUAGCCAACUUUUUCCAGAUCAAAAUGGAAAUGCCUACGGACAGUGGUCCCUGCCUGAUGGACGCAGAUGACCCCGGAGCAGGGGAGUCUGGUGACCAGACCACAGAAAAGGAAGUCAUCUGCCCCUGGGAGAGCCUGGCAGAAGGGAAGGCGGGUUGAGCAGGGCCUUGCGCCGGGAAGAUGGUCCUGGCAGACACCAUCAGACCUGGGGCAUACUCAAACCCAAGUGCAUUAGGAUGAUAUUGGAGGACUGGAAAACGCGAAUCGGGUGGAGUGCAGGGACGUGUGCUCUGGCUGACUCCCAACGGCCAAAAAAUCCUUUUCCCUUUCCUUGCCUUUCCCUUGCUUGGCCAGACAGGCAUGUGGGCCAGAAGACAUCCCUUGCUGCCUUAAAACCAAUAAAAGGGUCAUCUGGA